AUGCCGACCUACGUGGAACAGAAGCCGUCUGUCGGCAUGGGGAACAGCGCGCUACCGUGUCUGUGCUGGCUGGAGUUGUUCCUGUUCGGCGGGCUGGUGACUCUCGCCUACCUGCUGCACUUCACAGAGAUCAUCCCCGUGGUGCAGCAGGGGUUCGUCUGCCAGGACAUCGCCCUGUCCAAGCCGUUCUCCGGCCCGAGCGAGGCCGUGCCCUGGCCCGUCCUGUACGCCAUGGCGUUCGGAGCGCCCGUAGUUCUGAUCGUGGUGGGAGAGUUGAGUCCCGUGCUGUACCAGUUGGGUCUGGGCGCCAUGCGGGACCAGGCCGCCACUGCAGGCCAGCAGGGCGUGCCCACUUUUCUCCGCCGGCUCGUCAAGUUUACCGGUAAUUCUAACCCAUUGUUCCCAGGCCUGCAUCUAUUUGGAGGCUGCUCGGCGCUGGUCCUGUGCGGACUGGGCCAGGUGAUGACCGGAAGUCUGGCUCCGUAUUUCCUGUCCGUCUGUAGCCCGAACUACACCCUCCUGCCCGUGGUGUCGGCCUCCUCUGACGGCCCCUCCUGCGUUCCCGCCACUUUCAUCUCAGACGACAUCUGCGCGGGCAAGGCUGAGGACAUCUAUAGCGCAAGACGGUCCUUCCCGUCCCUACAUGCCACUCUGAGCUGGUACGCCGCUGUCUUCAUGGCGCUGUACGCGUCCUCUGCGCUGUGUCUGCGCGGCACCAGACUGAUCCAGCCGCUGCUGGUGAUGGGUCUGCUCGCCCUGGCGUUCCUGAGCGCCGCCAGCCGGGUGACGGAAUACCGCAGCCACGCCGUGGACGUUCUGGGCGGGAGCGUUUUGGGAGCCGCAAUCGCCGUGUAUCUGUCCGUGGCGGUGCUCGGCUGUUUCCGGGUGAAGCCUGCAGUUCCCGGGGACGUGGCGGGGCAGGGCGGCACCCCUCCCGAGGACCGAGUAGCUGUCAUCACCCUGCCG